UGGAGUUAAGAUUUGGGAAUGACACGCGUGUUUCGCAGGCACGCUUCUUUGUGCAAAACUUUGUCGAUUCGAUCUUCUUUCGACUCAAAUCUCUAUGCCUCUGUUUCAAUUUCAUCUGCAUUAAAGCAUAGGAUUCAAGGUCCAUUUUCCGGCAAUGGCGCGACGAACCUACACUACGGAAUUGGGCUGCAUAGCUUGUGAGGAGCUUGACGAUUUUGGCGCUGGAAAUGAAGGCUGGCUCGUUGACAACCCCAAUCUUCUAUGUGCUCUUGAUUCGCACUCUCUGGCGCUGGCCAAUCGAUCCGUCAUCCUUGUUCUUGGUUGGGUCGGUUCCGAUGGGUAUCAGGUGAAGAUCAAGCCUUCUGAUUUGUCUCCGAUCGAAGCGGAGUACAUCUCCGCUUUAGAAUGGUUGGUGUUAGAUGAAAUUAAGGUGAUUUUGGCCGGGACUUCUUGUGGUUAUUUGCUGAUUUACUCCUUAAGUGGGGAGUUGAUUCUUAAGCAGAUGAUCCAUCCUGCAAGAAUUCUAAAAAUUAGGGUUCGUGGUUUGAAGAGAGAUUUAUCCUAUGGAUCUUCGUACGAGGAGGUUUCGAUUGUUAUGCCAGGCGUAAUUGCCCGCAUUGAAGGGUCUGAUAUUCAGAAUGCACUGCGAAAAUGGUUUCAAGAAUCAAAUGCACGGAUUUGGGAUCCGAAAUCAAGCAGUCGAGAUAUGGAGGAUUCUGGAAAUUCUUUUGAAACAUUAGCCUAUCAAGUGUGGAAUGUGAGCAAAUAUAGUGCGUGUGCAGAUGCAGCGAUCAUCGGUGUUAUGCCUCCUCCAUUGAUGGAACUCCAGUCGAGUGAACGUUAUUUUUGUGCAGUCACUGUCGGAGAGGAUGCUGUUAUUUCAGCAUUCAGACUUUCUGAAGACAAGAGCAGGUCUUUAGUUGGAGCCAUUUUAUCAAAAGUUGUACCUGUAACAUUUUCAACAAUAGCUUCCUUUUCGAAAAUGAUUUGGCAAAGUGAUCCAAAAACAUCCAAAAAGCCCGAUGCGAAGGGUCAAGCUUUUGCUCGAGCCUCUCUUUUGACGUGCUUGAAGGACCAUCCAAGGAAGGGUGAGAAACUGACUUUGUCACCAAGCGGUACAUUGGCAGUGAUUACAGAUUCACUGGGCCGUAUAUUGCUCCUAGACACACAGGCACUUGUGGUGGUGCGACUAUGGAAGGGAUAUCGCGAUGCUAACUGUCUGUUCAUGGAGAUGCUAGUCAAUAGAGAUACUGCAUCAUCAAGUUCCAUAGAUUAUGAACCAGAAAAAAAUGACUACUGUUUGUGUUUGGCUAUUCAUGCACCAAAAAUGGGGAUAGUUGAGAUAUGGCAGAUGAGAACAGGGCGUCGCCUCCGAACGAUUCGAUGUGCAAAAGGUAGCAAACUACUGCAACCUUCCUCCAGAUUUGGAUCAUCAAUGGCUUCCCCUUACGUUCCGUUGGAAGUUUUCUUGUUAAACGGAGAUUCAGGUCAAAUUUCUAUUCUAAACCGAACCCUUUCAUGAACUUUGAAACAGAGUGACUGUCUCCCUUCUUGAUAAUGAGAUUACUAUCAUCAUCAUUUGGUUUGCAUACUUAA